AUGGAUGCGGCUAUCUCAGAGUCUCGUGUCUUUCUCAACUACAGCCCUAAAGCCCUCCUCUCGCAGUGGGGGCGUCCGCCUGGCACAGCUGCACUGAUGGCUGGGGUGAAGGAGGGGCCGUGGAGGAGCCUGAGCUCUGGGAGAAAGGUGGCCCUAGCGGCCGGCCUGUCUGUUGGGGCCACUGUGGGAUACAUCCUUUUUCGUCAUAUCAGGAGCACCACCGCACAAUGCCAAAGCAAGGAAGAAUCCAGAAUGUCUGUCUCGCUGGAUGUUUACCGAUCCAUAGCAAGACACCAGAGCACCUUUCUGGACCUGGUGAAUGAGAAGUCAGGGGCCCAGGUGAAUGUGUUGCCGGACCAGGAAGGGCAGGGCUCUGUGAGUUUCCUGCUCCAGGGCUCUGCAGAGCAGAUCCUCCUGGCCAAGUGCGCUCUGGAAAAACUAGCAAGGGACUGUGAGGUCAUCUCUGAUGUCGUGGAGGUUCCCCAGACCGCCAUUGGCCGAAUUAUCGGUCGUGGAGGCGAGACUUUGAAGUCGAUAAACCUGACGUCAGGAGCCAGGGUGAACUGUCCGAAGGACAGGGGUCGCAGCUUGGACGACAAAGGCAAGGUCACAAUCAUGGGGACACGACAGGAGGUUCAGCGUGCAAAGGAGCUGAUCAUGGAGAAGGUCGUUGAAACGGAAACGGUGCGAAAACGGAUCAGCCAGUCCUCCGCUCUGCGGCAGAAACGAAAACCUGUCGAAUGCGAGACAAACCCCAAAGCCCAGACGCUGGAACCGAAACUGAACCGAGAGGAUCAGCUCGCUCUGAUGACGGAACCGAAAACCGAGGGUACCGUUCAGUCCAACGGAUCCACCGACAUCACAGACACUACCGACUCUACAACAGAUUCCCCUAAAUCUGAGGACGAGGAGGUGGUCCUCUCUCCAGCCUCACCUCUGGAAGUCUCCAAAUUUGAAAUUCCCAGUCCUGACCUAAGCUUCCAGCCUGACGAGCACUUGGAGGUCUUCGUGUCUGCUUCGGAAAACCCCCAGCACUUCUGGAUUCAGAUCCUGGGUGUCCGGUCGCUUCAGCUUGAUAAGCUGACCACGGAAAUGAGCCGUUUCUAUGGCAGUGAGACCUCGCAGGAUCACAAGGUUGAGGCAAUUGUGGUGGGAGACAUUGUAGCUGCUCCAUACCGGGACUUUGGCACUUGGAACCGGGCACGGGUUUUGGGGAUCCUGGGUUCUGGACUGGUGGAUCUGUACUAUGUGGACUUUGGUGACAAUGGGGAACUACCUAGAGACCAACUGCGAACUAUGAGGAGUGACUUCCUGAGUUUGCCUUUCCAGGCCAUUGAAUGUAGUCUAGCUGGCAUACAGCCUACAGGGGAGAUUUGGACCGAGGCAGCUCUGGAUGAUUUUGAGCGACUGACAUAUUGUGCUGAAUGGAAACCGUUACUGGCCAAACUGUACAGCUACUCCCAUUCUGAGAUCUCCUCCUGGCCCAGCGUGAAGCUUUACGAUAACAGCCAAGGAAAGGCUGUGGACCUGGGUGAGGAGAUGAUCCGUUUGGGCCAUGCAGUACCCUGUCAGGACGAGGGGCCCGGAUCGAGGGGAGACCGGGACGACCCGGGAUCGCUUAGGAAGAUGCUGGAUGAUAUGACCGGAGCGACCUCAGAACUAAGCAUGUCCUGCAUAAGCUUAUCAGAAGUCGCCUCGAUCUCAGGAAGCGUGGAUGACGUCAUCGAGGACGACCUAUUUUAAGACCAAAGACAACGAUGCCUUUACAUUGAGACCCAGCUGUGACCGUGGCUUCUCAUGC